AUGUCUCUCGCCGACCUCAAGCACCCCCACUUCCCCUCCCCGUCCCCCGCGCCCUCCGCCCCCAUCUCCAUCCUCUCCUCCCCGCGCGCAAAGGGCAAGCAAGUCCGCUCCGCCGACUUCGAGGACUGGGAAAACCUCAAGGAGCUCUUCGCGCGCGCCGCCGAGCGAUACGACGCCGACGACCUCCCGCAAGCGCUUCCUCUUUUGCGCGCCGUCAUUCGCGAAUGUCAUCGCUUUCUCAUGGACCACCCGGACCCGUCCGUCGUCUACGCGGACACCACCCAGAAUCGCGCGAGCAGAUCUCCCGGCGCAAUCACCCCUACGGAAGAGCGCCUCAGCCGUGACUGGGGCAUGGACACCGAUGCCUCUGGCUCCCCUCACUGGAAUCACCGUCGGCGGUCCGAGCUGCCCACCGCGUUCCACGCCAUUUUUGGUAUCACGCUCUUCCUAAUGGGCAAUUUAGUCGCCCAGGACGCAUCAAUCGUCCUGCCGGGCGAGCCCGACGCGCCGUCCACGUACUGGCUCGCGGCGCUCGACGUGUUCGAGACGGGCGAGAACCUGCCCAGCCGCACGGGCGGGACCAGCCUGGACACCGCCGAGGACUGGCGCAUGGCGAUCGUCUGGGGCCGCACGCUCGUCUGUCUCGCGGACGAGAAGGUCACGUACAACAUGAAGAAGGCCAAGGAGCAGGCGGAGGCGUCUUCGACUGUCGGCGCUGCGGGCGAGUACUGUUACUACCCCUCCGGCUCGUCCUUCUCCAUGUCCGAGCCGCAGUGGCCGGCAGGCUCGCCCUUCCACGCGAUUGCGCAGUUCCGGCCUCCAGUGACCCGCCGCAUGUCGCUCUACUCCGCGUCCGCGCACGAUAUCAUGGUACUCGCCAUGGACCAGUUCUCGCGCGGGAUCUUCCACAUGCCGCAUCCACACUACGCGCCGUCACAUAAUCCGUCCUUCAUCCACACGCCUGGUGCCUCAGGCGGGCCCGCUCAGUCCACCGGAUACUUCUCCGGGGCGCACGGACCUGCACCGCACUACACCUCCCCCGCCUCCGACCUCUCCUCGCACUCUUCUCCCUACCAGCUCGCCUUCUCCCGCCCGAAGGAGCUCUUCACGAUCGCCUCCGAGGUCCUCGGCGUCGCCGAACGCCUCACCUCCGGCACGCAACGGCACUACUGGGCGUCCUGGGCCGACUCCGUCUUCAACCAGAUGAAGAACGAGGCGGACAUGGACGCCUGGCGCGGGCCCAUCCUCUCCGCGCGCGGCCGCUGCUGGCUCGUCAUGGGCUCCGCCCCUGUCGAAGACAUGGAAGCCGCGCUCGAGGCCGGGCGCACCGAGGUCCUGCACUCCGCCGAGGCCGAGGACGCGCGCGAGGGGCUCGCCAUGGCCAUCUCCUUCUUCGAGCGCGCAAAGGGCCAGGCUGCGCUCGCGGUCGAGGCGUUCCCGGGCCUGGGCGCGGCGGACGACGUGUCGCCGCUGCUCGUGGAGGCGCUGCUCGUGCUCGCGAACCUGACCGCGGACGAGAACAAGCGCGAGGAGCUGUACACGCGCGCGCAGACGGAGGCGGGCGAGGACCUCCGGCUCGAGCUCGACGACCGCGCAAGCGUCAAGAGCGGGAAGGAGGACGAGCCGAUGGACGUGUCAUAA